CUGUCCGCAGUCGCUGGUCAUCUCCUGUACUGUGUCCGCAGUCUCUGGUCAUCCCCUGUACUGUCCGCAGUCUCUGGUCAUCCCCUGUACUGUCCGCAGUCUCUGGUCAUCCCCUGUACUGUCCGCAGUCUCUGGUCAUCCCCUGUACUGUCCGCAGUCUCUGUCUCUGGUCAUCCCUGUGCUGUCCGCAGUCUCUGGUCAUCCCUGUGCUGUCCGCAGUCUCUGGUCAUCCCUGUGCUGUCCGCAGUCUCUGGUCAUCCCUGUACUGUGUCCGCAGUCUCUGGUCAUCCCCUGUACUGUGUCCGCAGUCUCUGGUCAUCCCUGUACUGUGUCCGCAGUCUCUGGUCAUCUCCUGUACUAUGUCCGCAGUCUCUGGUCAUCUCCUGUACUAUGUCCGCAGUCUCUGGUCAUCUCCUGUACUAUGUCCGCAGUCUCUGGUCAUCUCCUGUACUAUGUCCGCAGUCUCUGGUCAUCUCCUGUACUAUGUCCGCAGUCUCUGGUCAUCUCCUGUACUGUGUCCGCAGUCUCUGGUCAUCUCCUGUACUGUGUCUGCAGUCUCUGGUCAUCUCCUGUACUUUGUCUGCAGUC